AAUAGAGACUAGUCCUAGUCCAAAGCAGUCGUAGAGCGCAAGUAGCCACUAUUCCUAAUUCAUAUUUAAGAGUUUUGAGUUUGGUGGUGAAGAGAGGUAUCACAGAGAAAAUAAAAAUGGCGGAAUCAUCGUCGUCGUCGUUGGCGAAGUCCGACUCGGAGGUAGAAGAAAUGCUGGAUCGGAUGCUGACUCGUUUGGCUCUCUGCGACGAUUCCAAGCUGGAGCCGCUGCUCUCCAAGCUUCUCCCUCUCUGCAUCUCCUCCCUCUCCUCGCAAUCCGUCGCCGUUCGCAACAAGGUGCUUGAGAUUUUGAGUCACGUGAACAAGAGAGUGAAGCUCCAGCCUCAAAUUGGUCUACCUUUGUCUGACUUGUGGAAAUUGUAUUCGGAAUCUGCUGCUGUCCCUAUCAUAAGGAAUUUCUGCAUUGUGUAUAUAGAGAUGGCUUUUCAGCGUGUUAAUGCAAAGGAAAAGGAAGAUCUGGCACCUGAUCUCUUGGUGAACAUCUCAAAACUUCCACUUCAACACCAGGAAAUUAUCCUUAGAAUCAUUGUUAAGGUAAUUGGUGAGUGCCACUCUGGUCAAAUUGGUGAUGAAGUUUCUGCAAAGUAUGGAAAAGUGAACAAUUCUCAAGAUAGGGAGCUGUUUAUUGAGUUUUGUCUUCAUACAAUAUUGUACCAGCGGGUCUCUCAAAAUGGUGGAUUCCCUCCUGGGCUUUCAGUAGCUCAAGUCAAUCGUGUUACGGGGAAACAACAAUUGCAAAGUAAUGAAAUUUUACUAAGAAAGUUGGGUAUUUUGAAUGUCAUUCAAGCUAUGGAGCUUGCUCCUGAGCUUGUUUAUCCUUUAUAUAUUGCUGCCUCUGUAGAUUGUGAAGAGCCUGUUAUUAAGAGAGGCGAGGAGCUUCUAAAGAAGAAGGCCAAUGGUGCUAAUUUAGAUGAUUUAAAUCUGAUCAACAGACUAUUUUUGCUAUUUAAUGGUACUGUUGGAGUUGAACAUGUUGAUUCAGAAUCAAGAGUUAGUCCCGGGAGUCCUGCUUUAAAGGCAAAAUUAAUGUCUAUAUUCUGCAGAUCUAUUGCAGCAGCGAACAAUUUCCCAUCCACCUUGCAGUGCAUUUUUGGUUGCAUUUAUGGGAACGGUACCACAUCAAGGUUGAAGCAAUUAGGAAUGGAAUUCACUGUUUGGGUAUUUAAGCAUGCAAAAAUUGAUCAGCUUAAGUUAAUGGGUCCUGUUAUUUUGAGUGGAAUUAUGAAAUCCCUCGACAACCAUCCAAGUUCAGAAGCAGAUGCCAGUGCUCGGGAGGUCAAAACUUAUGCAUUUCAGGCAAUUGGAUUAAUUGCACAGCGCAUGCCUCUCCUCUUCAGGGAAAAGAUUGACAUUGCUGCCCGUCUUUUUCAUGCCUUGAAAGAUGAAUCCCAGUCUCUUCGAUUUGUUGUUCAAGAGGCAACUAUAUCUCUUGCUUCAGCAUACAAAGGAGCCCCAUUAGCCGUGUUACAAGAUUUGGAGAUGCUUCUGCUAAAGAAUUCUCAAGUGGAGGAAAGUGAAGUACGAUUUUGUGCUGUAAGAUGGGCAACAUCUUUGUUUGAUCUUCAACAUUGUCCAAGUCGUUUUAUUUGUAUGCUUGGAGCAUCAGAUGCUAAAUUAGAUAUCAGAGAAAUGGCACUUGAAGGUCUUUGUCUUCUUAAAAGUGGAAGUGAAAUUGUUGGUCUUAAGUAUCCCAAACUGGGUAUGAUGCUGGAUUACAUUCUUCGGCAACAGCCAAAGUUGUUGGAGUCCAGUGAAACUAGAGAACAGAACCUUCUUUUUCCUUCAAAUACAUAUGUGGCCAUGAUUAAAUUUUUAUUGAAGUGCUUUGAGUCUGAGUUGGAGCAGAACAAAUCCUUAGAAGGAUCAUCUGAAUUUAUUUCAUCAGUGAAGACAUUCUGUUUGGUUCUCGAGCAUUCUAUGUCAUUUGAAGGCUCUGUUGAGUUGCAUGCCAAUGCUUCCAAGGCAUUGCUUAUAAUUGGAUCACAUAUGCCAGAGGUGGUAGCAUCACAUUUUGCCCUAAAAGUUUCAUGGCUUAAGCAACUAUUAAGUCAUGUGGAUUGGGACACUCGUGAAUCCAUUGCACGCAUACUUGGUAUUGUGUCUUCUGCUCUUCCCAUCCCUGAUGUUAUGUCUGAAUUGACUUCCUUAUUCAGCCAAUCACACAAAUCAAGGUUUGAGACUCAGCAUGGAGCUCUUUGUGCAAUAGGAUAUGUAACUGCAAAUUAUUUGUCUACAACACCUAUGCCAGAAAUAUUUCUCCAGGAUACACUUAGAUGCCUGGUUGAUGUGGUUAAUUCUGAAACUUCUGCACUGGCUGCUGCUGCAAUGCAAGCACUAGGUCAUAUUGGACUACGUAUUUCAUUACCUCCACUUGAUGAUUCUAAUUCAGAUGGAAUUCUGAUAAUGUUAUCUGAUAAAUUGAGCAAGCUUCUCUCGGGUGAUGACAUUAAAGCAAUACAGAAGAUUGUUAUAUCUAUUGGACAUAUAUGUGUAAAAGAAACAUCGUCUACUGAGCUAGAUAUGGCCCUAAAUUUGAUUUUCAGUCUCUGUCGAUCUAAGGUUGAGGAUAUUCUCUUCGCUGCUGGGGAGGCCCUUUCUUUUUUGUGGGGUGGUGUUCCUUUCAAUGCUGACAUAAUUCUGAAAACUAACUAUACUUCGCUGUCAAUGGCUUCAAAUUUUUUGAUGGGAGAUUUGACCUCUUCAGUAUCUAAGCAGAGUACUAAUGAACAAAGUGAAUAUAGUGGAGAUUAUCAUGCUGCUGUGAGAGAUGCAAUUACCAAAAAGCUCUUUGAUGUUCUUUUGUAUAGUAGCAGGAAAGAAGAGAGAUGUGCUGGAACUGUUUGGCUAGUAUCACUUAUAAAGUACUGCAGCAAUCAUCCUACUAUUCAGCAAAUGCUUCCAGAAAUUCAGGAAGCUUUUUCUCACCUUCUUGGUGAGCAAAAUGAACUCACACAAGAGUUGGCUUCUCAGGGCAUGAGUAUUGUGUAUGACAUUGGUGAUGAAUCUAUGAAAAAGAAUUUGGUGAAUGCACUUGUAAAUACCUUGACUGGGUCAGGGAAACGGAAAAGAGCCAUCAAACUUGUUGAAGACACUGAAGUAUUUACGGAUGGAGCUCUUGGGGAAAGUGCUAGUGGAGGGAAACUGAACACUUACAAGGAGUUGUGUAACUUAGCAAAUGAGAUGGGACAACCGGACUUAAUUUAUAAGUUCAUGGAUUUAGCAAACUAUCAAGCUUCUCUGAAUUCAAAGAGGGGUGCUGCUUUUGGCUUCUCUAAAAUAGCAAAACAAGCAGGGGUUGUUCUUAAGCCAUACUUACGUUCUUUAAUUCCAAGGCUUGUACGCUACCAGUAUGAUCCUGACAAAAAUGUGCAGGAUGCAAUGAUACAUAUAUGGAAGUCACUUGUGGAUGAUUCAAAGAAAACCAUCGAUGAAAAUUUAGAUCUCAUCAUUGAUGAUUUACUAGUACAAUGUGGAUCCAGGCUUUGGCGGUCACGUGAGGCAUCAUGUCUUGCCCUUACAGACAUUAUUCAAGGACGAAAGUUUCAUGAGGUUGGGAAGCAUUUAAAGAGAUUAUGGUCUGGAACAUUUCGUGUAAUGGAUGACAUAAAGGAAACUGUUAGAAUUUCUGGUGAAAAAUUAUGCCGUGCUGUAACUUCCUUGACAACAAGGCUCUGCGAUGUCUCUCUAACUGAUAUGUCAGAUGCGCACAAAGCAAUGGAUAUUGUUUUGCCUUUUUUGCUUGCAGAAGGUAUACUAAGUAAAGUUGAUAGUGUUCGCAAGGCAUCAAUUGCAGUUGUUAUGAAGCUUACAAAGCAUGCUGGAACUGCAAUUCGUCCACAUAUGUCUGAUUUAGUGUGCUGCAUGCUUGAAAGUUUAUCAAGCCUAGAAGAUCAAUCACUCAAUUAUGUCGAGGUUUGGUUGAAUGAUAUAUUCAAUUCUUGCACAAAUUCACCAUUAAUUCUUGUUUAUUCAUAUGUUAACUUUUUAUGUUUUUCUUUUUAUCAGCUUCAUGCGGCAAAUGUUGGAAUACAGUCAGAAAAGCUUGAAAGUUUGAGAAUUUCCAUAGCCAAAGGCUCUCCUAUGUGGGAGACUUUGGAUUCAUGCAUAAAAGUUGUUGAUGCAGAAUCAUUGAACACAUUGAUCCCACGGCUUGCUCAUUUAGUGCGAUCUGGAGUGGGCCUUAACACUAGGGUUGGUGUUGCCAAUUUCAUUACCUUGUUGCUUGAAAGUGUUGGUGUUGACAUCAAGCCAUAUGCAAAUAUGUUGGUGAGAUUGUUGUUUCCAGUUGUUAAGGAGGAAAGAAGUACUGCUGCAAAACGUGCCUUUGCAAGUGCCUGUGCAAAAGUCUUAAAGUAUAUACCAGCCUCUCAAGCACAAAAACUUAUUGAAGAUACUACAGCUUUGCAUGCUGGUGACAAGAAUUCUCAAAUUGCAUGUGCAUUUCUCUUGAAGAGCUAUUCAUCCAUGGCAGCAGAUGUUGUUGGUGGAUAUCAUGCUGUUAUCAUUCCAGUUGUUUUCCUUUCAAGAUUUGAAGAUGAUAAAAAUGUCUCCAGCCUAUUUGAGGAACUAUGGGAAGAAUACACAAGUGGGGAACGAAUCACUCUCCACUUGUACUUGGGAGAAAUUGUUUCACUUAUUUGUGAGGGCAUGUCAUCAUCAUCAUGGGCAAGUAAAAGAAAAUCUGCCGAGGCUAUAUGCAGGCUUAGUGAAGUUUUGGGUGAAUCUCUUUCUUCUCACCAUGAGGUUUUGCUUCAGUCUCUCAUGAAGGAAAUUCCUGGUCGCCUAUGGGAGGGUAAAGAGAUGCUAUUGCUAGCAGUAGGUGCUCUAUGUACAUCCUGCCAUAAAGCAAUUUUGGCUCAAGGUUCCUCAUCUUCCAUUGCCAUUCUGAAUUUGGUAUCAUCUGCAUGCACCAGAAAGGGGAAAAAGUAUCGUGAAGCAGCACUUUCCUCUCUCGAACAGGUUAUAAAAGCCUUGGGGAAUCCAGAGUUCUUUAAUAUGGUUUUUCCCUUGUUGUUUGAUCUAUGCAAUUCAGAGCCCCUAAAGUCCGGGCAAGCACCUUUGGCCAGUGACGCUGCUGGAUCAGAGUUGAACAGUGUUGAAGAGAUUUCUGUUCCACAUAACAAAAUAGUUGACUGUUUAACCUCUUGUAUCCAUGUGGCACAUAUAAAUGAUAUUCUUGAAAAGCAAAAGGGCUUAGCACACAUGUAUACAGCAUUCUUGUUACCUGAACAUAAAUGGACUGUCAAAACUACAGCCUUUGUAUCCAUCAGAGAACUUUGCUCAAGGCUUCAAAAUGUUGUGAAGGACUCCCAGGGAAGUAACGAACUUGCUGGAGCAACUUCCUUUGUUCAGGAGAUAUUUCAUUCUCUGUCACCAAAAAUACUACAUUGCAUAAGCACAAUAAAGAUUGCCCAGGUUCAUGUUUCAGCUUCAGAAUGUCUUCUGGAAGUCAUGAACCUUGCCAUGGACGUCCCUUCAGUUGGCACCAUCAAUGAAGGAUUCAAGGACGAGCUGCUUCAUCAGUACGAGAUAGAGAAGAACGAAGGUGCAAAGUCAAUAUUAAAAAAGUGUGUCAACAUUCUUCAAGACUGGAAAUAGUAAAUUGUACGAGCUAUAGCUGUAACCCUCAUUUAUCAAAUUUUGGGUAGAUGAAGCAUUUAAUAUGUAUAGCUCGUGCUUGGUGUAGUAGGUCCACAUAUAGCGAUGACAAGAAAACUACUAGUACCCUUAGGUGAAAUCCGUUACGGAUUGAAUUUUUAACACGAUGAGGGUGGAUAGCAAGGUAUCUAUAUUUUAUGAAUAUUCAUAAUUUGAAAUUACUUAAAUGUCUUUCAUUAUAUUUUAUAAUUAUCUAGUUUUUUUUUUUUACCUGAUUCGUGUAAACAGGUAAUAUGGGCAAUUGUAAUGAUAUACUUAGAUGGCAGAUGCUCUGCUUUAUGUUGUCUUUCAAGGAGAUAUGCAUUGUUUUUAAGAAAAUUAUUACUUA